AUGGCAAACCUCUCUGAAAAUCCCUCAUCACCACCCAAGGAAACUACACCCAUACCAUCCAUCACACCUUCAACCACACCCACCUCUAAGAAAGGAAGGCUCAAGUUGAUGGCUCGCAAGGUUGUCAUUGGUGGAGAACAAAUCAAGAAAAUUAAUGAACAAUUUAAAGCGAGUCGGGAAGAAGAACCCCAUAAAUCUGAUGAAUCAUUCAAGUCUAUUGAGGGGGAAGAAACCGCCUCUUCUGAGAUAGAGCAGGUAAUAUCUGGCCCUAAAGUUACUCCUAAAAUCAUCUCUGAGGUUGCUACAAAUCUAGAAAAUAGAGACUCCUCCUAUAAGAGGGAGAACUACAAGGAGAGGGAGAACUAUAAGAGUGAGGCUGAACUGGAGAAUGCCUUAGAAGAAAGUAAGAGAAAAGUUGCUGCUAAGGGAAAGAGGAAGGUGAUUGAGCCUAUUGAGGCAGUUGAGAUUGAAGAGAUGGACCUAGUUCUUCGUGAUGAAGAGGAGGCAGAAGAAAUGGAGGUUGUGACUCCAAAGGCAAAGAAAUCCAAGACUUCCACAAAGAAGUCUAUUUCAAAAACAAAGUCUGUAGAUCCCUCUACUUUGGCUAAAAGAACCAGGUCUGCAUUGAAAUCUAGAAAAGUGAAAGUAGUGGAGGAAGAAGAAGAAGAAGAAUUUGAUGCUGAGAAGGACAAGAUGGUUAAGUUAGGAAGAGAACAAUCUUGA